AAAAAAAGAAAGACUGUUGUUGUUUAUAAAAAAUUGUUUGGGAGAGUAAUAAAAUUGGAAAAAUAGCCAAUUGAUCUGUCAGGGCCCUGUAAAACAGGGAUGUAAGCGGCAGCAGCAACGCGCACUCGAUAUUUUCAAUGACAUAUCUGCUGUCAUCGCGUAAAUUUACUUUCUUGGCUCUACAAGAUUUUCGUCAAAACUUAAUUAGAAUACCGAAUAAUUUAAGUUCCAACGAUAAGAAUAUUGAAAUGUUUUGUGCUUAUACACAUGCUUUGCCUUAUUUGCAAUUGGGAAAUUUUGGUCGAAAACCUCAUUACUAUACAGGGCAAAGGACGAUAUUGCACCAUUUGCCGCAAUCAGGCACAGCGACUGCCAGGGCACAGAAUAAUGUUAGAUUUGUUAUGCCAAAACGACGUGAUGCUUUGCAAAACUUGGCUCUUAAUUUGGGCCGUAAUGUCAACAGUUUCAAGAGCGAAUAUAAUGCUUUAGCGUUAAAUUUCUUUGAAACUGAACGUUUCUGUCAUGUACUGAACAAAGCGCGAAGCCUACUGAAGGCCCAUAACGUCAAAUUUAAAAAUAUGGAACUGCCGCCACUCCUUUGUACAUCUAUCAGGGCAAGAGGAAAACAUCCUUCACGUCAUUUAAUAGAAUUCACUUUUGAUAGAGCUUUGUCUAAAAGCAAUAUAUCAUCAAAAACUUAUUCCAAACUUUUUCAAGCCAUAUUGCCGCAAUAUAAUCUGAAGUUUGUGCGUGGAUUUAAAACUGACCGUUCCAUUGCUGCUGAAAUAAAACGGAAUCCAUCGCUUUCGUCUCGUUUGAGAACUGCGUUCAGUGGAACUGUUCAUAAAGUGGAGGAUCAUUCUCAUUCAGAAUCUCUUAAGAAGCUAAUACAAAAGUCGUCAGAACCGGGAGCUGAUAAAGAUAUGGAAAGCACUAUAAAAAUAGCCUUUGCUGAGGGUUACUUGGCAGCUAAUAACGCUGACGAUGCUCCAAAAUCCGGCAAAACUAUGAAGUACUUAAAGGUAUUUCAACAGCUUUUGGUUAUUGUUGUGUUCAUCGGAAUAUUUCUGAGUUUAUUUGCUUCCUCUAAUGGUUCCGUUUUUCGUAUACAAUUGGGAAAUCAGGUUGAAGUGGAUCCGGAAGAGAUACAUGUGACGUUUGAUGAUGUUAAGGGUUGCGACGAAGCAAAACAGGAACUAAAAGAAGUGGUGGAAUUCCUAAAAAAUCCCGAAAAAUUCUCAAAUUUGGGCGGCAAACUGCCUAAGGGUGUUUUGCUGGUGGGUCCUCCAGGUACAGGAAAAACUCUUCUGGCCCGUGCUGUUGCUGGCGAAGCAAAUGUACCAUUUUUCCAUGCUGCCGGUCCAGAAUUCGAUGAAGUACUGGUUGGUCAAGGAGCGCGACGGGUGCGUGAUUUGUUUAAGGCGGCUAAACAACGGGCACCCUGCGUUAUAUUCAUUGAUGAAAUUGAUUCCGUGGGCGCGAAGCGCACGAAUUCUGUAUUACACCCUUAUGCUAAUCAAACUAUUAAUCAAUUGCUUUCCGAAAUGGAUGGCUUCCAUCAAAAUGCAGGUGUAAUUGUAUUAGGGGCAACGAAUCGUCGUGAUGAUUUAGAUCAAGCCCUUCUUAGGCCGGGACGUUUCGAUGUAGAGGUGGUAGUUAAUGCUCCAGACUUCUCAGGGCGAAAGGAAAUCAUUACUUUAUAUCUUUCCAAAAUAUUACACGAUGAAAUUGAUUUGGACAUAUUGGCCCGUGGCACGUCUGGUUUUACAGGUGCUGAUUUAGAAAAUAUGAUUAAUCAAGCGGCUUUAAGAGCGGCAAUUGACGGAGCUGAAACUGUGACUAUGAAACAUUUAGAAACUGCCCGCGAUAAAGUGUUAAUGGGUCCAGAACGCAAAGCGCGUUUACCGGAUGAAGAAGCUAAUCUCAUAACAGCUUACCAUGAAGGCGGUCAUGCUAUAGUGGCUUAUUAUACUAAAGAAUCGCAUCCUCUGCACAAAGUCACCAUAAUGCCUAGGGGACCCUCGUUAGGUCAUACUGCUUACAUACCCGAAAAAGAACGAUAUCACGUAACAAAAGCUCAAUUACUGGCUAUGAUGGAUACCAUGAUGGGUGGACGAGCGGCUGAAGAACUUAUAUUCGGUGCUGAUAAGAUCACUUCAGGCGCCAGUAGUGAUCUUAAACAAGCUACAAGUAUAGCCACGCAUAUGGUUAAAGAUUGGGGUAUGUCUGAGAAGGUCGGCUUGAGGACUAUUGAAAAUCCAAAAGGCUUAUAUCCGAAUGAAACUCUCGGCCCGAAUACGGUGGAAGUGGUGGAUGGCGAAAUUAAACGUUUACUUAACGAAAGCUAUGAAAGAGCAAAAACGAUAUUAAAAAAACAUGCCAAAGAACAUAAAGCUUUGGCUGAAGCUUUGCUAAAGUAUGAAACCUUAGACGCUGAAGAUAUAAAAGCCAUUAUGAAAGAUUCGCAAUAGUGAUACCAUGUUAGACAAGAAGACGAUGGUAAUUGUCUUAAUUUAAUGAAUUUUUAUUACUUAUUAAACGGCAACAAUUAGUAUAUCGAAAAUUUUAUUAUUAUAUU